UAUUUUAAGCUAACUGAAAAACUAAAAAUAUUUUCAAUUUUCUUUUUUUAAUUUUCAGAAAAAUUGAUCUGGUUUUUUCGCUUGUGUUCUUCUUCCUUCAACAAAACCCAAAGCCAAAACUGAAAUGAAACAGAAAUCGCUUCUUGUUUUCUCCUUCUCUUCUUUCUCUAGAAAUUUCUCUCUUUCUCAUUUUACUCUUCCUUUCGCUUUUUAACGCCUUUUAAGCUUUCUGUUUCUCAUGGCAUUUCAUUUCCCUUUCCUUCAGGUUAAGCUCGAUAAUUCCUGAAUUAGAAAUAAUACCAUAAAUGUCAACACCAUAGGGGUUGAGGGUAGGCUAAUUAUUCGCUAAUAAACAUCAAAACUGUUGUUACUGCUGUUUACUUUGUUCUCUAGCCUUGAUCAAAGAGAUAAAAGGUGGGCAAGCUGAAAGUUUUAGCAAGAGUAUGGGUUACCUCAAUUCAGUCCUGUCAUCUUCAAACCCGGUUUAUGCUAAUAAUGCGCCCGUGAGCGGUGGUGGUCUCAGUCAGAAUGGAAAAUUCAGCUAUGGAUAUGCAAGUUCUCCUGGGAAACGAGCUUCCAUGGAAGAUUUUUAUGAGACAAGAAUUGAUGGUGUUGAUGGAGAGAUAGUUGGUCUGUUUGGAGUUUUUGAUGGUCAUGGAGGUGCACGUGCUGCUGAAUAUGUGAAACAGAACCUUUUCAGUAACCUGAUCAGCCAUCCAAAGUUCAUUUCUGAUACAAAAUCUGCUAUAGCUGAUGCAUACAAUCAUACAGACUCUGAAUUUCUGAAAUCUGAAAAUACUCAGAACAGAGAUGCUGGAUCAACUGCUUCCACAGCCAUUCUUGUUGGUGAUCGUUUACUUGUUGCCAAUGUUGGAGACUCUAGAGCUGUCAUAUGCCGAGGUGGCAAUGCUAUUGCUGUUUCUCGAGAUCACAAGCCGGACCAAACUGACGAGCGGCAACGGAUUGAGGAUGCUGGAGGGUUUGUUAUGUGGGCAGGGACGUGGAGAGUCGGUGGAGUUCUUGCUGUCUCACGUGCAUUUGGUGAUAGGCUUUUGAAGCAGUAUGUUGUUGCUGAUCCAGAAAUUCAGGAAGAAAAGAUUGAUAGCUCACUCGAGUUUCUUAUCCUUGCAAGUGAUGGAUUAUGGGAUGUUGUCACCAAUGAGGAAGCUGUUGAAAUGACCAAGCCGAUUGAGGACCCAGAGCAGGCUGCAAAGAAGUUGUUGCAGGAGGCAUACCAGAGAGGCAGUGCAGACAAUAUUACGUGUGUUGUCGUCCGCUUCUUGGCCAAUCAAGCUAAUGGAAGAUACUGGCAUAGAAAUUAUGAAGUGUAUAGCUAGUCAGGGAAACACAACAGUGGCUUCCUGCUGUGCUAGGAUAGAAGAGGUGGACAAACUCAGAAGGCUGCUAAUGAGGAUUACAUUACACAUUUCAGCCUCUAGGAAAAGAACCGAAUAUGAGGUCUAGUUUAUGUACUUUGUGUCUUUAAGUAGUGGGAAAAUGUGGACUUGUUUAUCUGUAAAGAGUCUUGAGGACUUGCGUCUCUGUUGUAAAUGUGUUUUAAACUUCCUUUUAUCGCUUUUUGUUAAAACGCUUUUGUAUUUAUGGCUUUGGUUUAAUUGUAGCUUGUAAGCUUUCCCUUCAA